CGGUGGCCUUGGAUCCGAUCGAGGACGCAUCGAUCGAUUGAUGGUUACGUUCAAGGAGAAGCUCGCGCACAACUUGGUGCCAGAGUGGGAAGAGCAUUACGUCAACUACGCGGACCUAAAGUACCAUGUGAAGCAGAUUCAACGGCGCAAGAGCUUUCUUGAUAUGACGUCGGGCGACUACACCGAGACGUGCGAUACGGAAAAGACACGCCUUAUCAAGACAUCCAAGCCGACACAUUUCGAAGAAGAGUUCCACAACGAGUGCGAAAAGGUCGAGUCGUGGUAUUGUGCACAGCUGGAAGAGUUCCAAAAGCAGUAUGCGCUCUUGAAGGCACAGUACGCAGACGCAUGUGCGACCCAAGCGCCGUUGCUGGUGUCCCAGGAAGACUUUGACGAGUCGCCAGAAUCGGAAGCAUUCGCGCUGGAGCGGCAUUCCAUCAAACAAUCGUUUGUCGAGCUGUACAAGGUGCUGCGGAUGUUGCAGAACUUUGCCCUGUUGAACUACACGGCGCUGCGAAAAGUGCUUAAGAAGCACAAGAAGAAGUGCGGCGACAGGUAUCAAAAAGCCCACAGGUCUCUCAACGACUCGUUGCACGACUACGCGUUCAGCCAUGCCCUGCCCGUGAAGGAAGCAAUCCUCAACUUGGAGCACUACUUCACCACGACGUUCCACGAAAACGACCGCGUCCUCGCGCUCGCCGAACUCGACGACUGGAAGGACUCAACUCUGAACUGGCAGAAUGUGUACACUGGGCUCAAGAUGGGUAUCUGCAUCGUGCUGGCCUUGUGGCUGCUCUGGGAUGACGUGGUGGUCGUGGGCUUGCAAGGUCAAACAAACCCGACCGUGAUUCGCUUGAUGCAAACCUCGGCGUAUCCGUUCUACCGAGGAAUCGCGCUCUUUCUCUUCUUUUUGUGGCUAUGGGGCGGGACGCUGUACACGUGGCAGGCUGCCCGCAUCAACUACCGAUACAUCUGCGAGCUGGACCCGCAUGCGACCCAAGACUUUUCCCAAGUAUUUGACGACGCCAGUCACUUGAGCAUGCUAUACCUAUUCAACUUCAUCCUGUACGUUCAGAUUCAAAACCACUCGCUGCCAGAAUACGUCCCGAAGGGAUACCUCCCGCUCGUCCUGGCACUCUACUUCGUCGUCUUCUUCUUCUCCAAAGACUGGGGCCACCAGCGUCGAUUGGCACGGGUUCUGCGAGAUAUUGUGCUACUGCCGGUCUUCCCCGUCACGUUUAUGCAUACAUUUGUGUGCAACUACCUGACGAGCGCUGCCAAGAUAAACCAGGAUUUUGCGUGGUCGAUCUGUUUUUUCGCGACAGGCGAAUUCCUUGAGCCGACGUCGACUCCUCCGCAUGCCUCGGCAUGCUCGACCAAUUUCUAUUACGCCCGCGUGGCGGUGCCGCUGAUCUCGGCGCUUCCACUGUGGUGGCGAUGCGUGCAGAGUCUGCGCCGUGUACACGAGAUGAAAGCAUGGUUCCCCGGCCUCUUGAACGCUAUCAAGUACGCCUUGUCCCAGGUGGUCGUUCUCUUUGGGCUCUUCCACUCGUUCUAUUCUCCAGUCCAGCCCAGCAACGUCGUCCAGAUUAUCUGGGUGGUGCUAUUUGUCGUGAGCUCUAUGUACAGCUGGAUAUGGGACGUCGUGAUGGACUGGGGCCUCGGACGACCUCAAUUCAAGUUUCUUGGCGAUGGCCACAUGUACUCGCGGCGGUGGGUGUACUAUGCGGCAAUCGGGGUCGACUUUGUCUUAUGCUUUUCGUGGACACUGGCGCUGAUCCCGCCGACAAAAGAGUACUCGUUCAUGGGGUUCCUCCUCUACCUACAGCCGAUCACGAUGUUUAUGGAGCCGAUCCGCCGGUCCAUGUGGAGCUGCUUUGCCAUGGAAAACGAACACUUGCGCAACACGCUCGGGUUUCGAAAGGAGCGAUUCAUUCCACUGCACUUUGAACGCAAAAAGCCUGUCAGGAAAACCGACAAACAAGACGACAAGCAGUAUGCGUACAAAGUCGUGGCGCUCGCUAUCGUCGUGGCGGCACUGAGCGCGUCUGCGAUCUUUCUCGGCAACUAACCACAGCCCUGUGUGAUGAAAUGGCAAUGAAGACACGCGCGCGAUCGGUAUAUGCCCAGCCUUGUCCAUGCCCUCAGCGGCAUGCAAGGCGGGGGGAUACAUUUCCCGCCACCAACCAAAGUCUUCUCUUCACUAAAUUCCUUGCUCUCCUCGGAGCUCGACGUUGAUUCAAACCGACUCCUUUCAUGUCGCGUUGCUACGACACGCACAAACAACGAGCCAUGCGAAACCUGAGCGAGGGGACCACAAGACCGUGUGGUUCUGGCGGUAGCGACUUCGUCAAGGUCGUGCAGGUCGGACGUGGAUGGUCCUGAUCAAGUAGCGCCUGUUCGUAGCGGAUUGCCAACCCACGAUCCAUCAAGACAGACACGAAAGAGUGUGUACAAAUAGAAAGGGGGAUGUUGAUAGUUAUGGGGCGUCUUCGAUGACCGUGAUGGCUCCAAAGCUGAGGCUCACGACAAGACCAAUGAUGGCAACGAUCAGGACUUUGUUCAUGCGCUUCUUCCGCCUCGUCUCCUCCGUGUGCUCGUUCGGGUCGGCGACACCAACACCGCGCUCG